AACUCAUCAGCCACACAACCUCCUAGAAUGUCGAAAUCCGUGAACGCCGUGGGCUGGGCCGCCCGAGACCCCUCCGGCGUCCUCUCCCCCUUCAAAUUCUCCCGCCCCGCCGCCGCCCCCCGCGACGUCCACUUCAAGGUCCUCUACUGCGGCAUCUGCCACUCCGACCUCCACACCAUCAAGAACGAGUGGGGCAACGCCCACUACCCCGUCGUCCCCGGCCACGAGAUCGUCGGCGUCGUCACCGCCGUCGGCCCCUCCGUCACCAAGUUCUCCCCCGGCGACAAGGUCGGCGUCGGCUGCCUCGUCAACUCCUGCCGCAAUUGCGACCAAUGCGCCGCCCACCUCCAGAACUACUGCCCUAAUCUAGUCCUCACCUACAACACCGUCCUCCCCGACGCCUCCGUCACCUACGGCGGCUACUCCGACGUCAUGGGCGCGGACGAGGACUUCCUCAUCCGCUGGCCCGACAACCUCCCCAUGGACAAGGGCGCCCCGCUAUUAUGCGCCGGGAUCACCACCUACAGCCCGCUCCGCUACUUCGGGUUGGACCAACCCGGCCUCAGCUUAGGCGUAGUCGGGUUGGGCGGGCUGGGACACGUGGCGGUGAAGUUGGCAAAGGCGUUCGGUCUUAACGUGACAGUCAUCAGCACCUCGGAUGGGAAGCGGGAGGAGGCGCUGGGGAAGCUCGGCGCCGACGCGUUCCUGAUCAGCAGGGACGCGGCGGGGAUGGAGACGGCAGCGGGGACGCUGGACGGGAUCAUCGACACGGUCUCCGCGCAGCACGCGCUGCCGCCGCUGCUCGGCUUGCUGAAGCCGCAUGGGAAGCUGAUUUUGGUCGGCGCGCCGGAGAAGCCGCUGGAGCUGCCGGCGUUUCCGCUCAUUAUGGGGCGGAAGACGGUGGCGGGGAGCAUGAUCGGCGGGAUCAAGGAGACGCAGGAGAUGAUUGAUUUCGCGGCCAAGCAUGGUAUAGUGGCGGACGUGGAGAUUAUCCCGAUUGAUUACGUGAACACGGCCAUGGAGCGGCUCGCGAAAGCCGACGUCAAGUAUCGGUUUGUGAUCGAUGUUGGGAAUACUCUCAAAGCGGAGUGAUUCGGCUCGGCUUGGCUGGCUCUAAAAAAAUAUUUGCCGAUUGCGAGAGGAUUCUAUGUGAUUUCAUAUUCAAAACAAAGCUAUUGUAAUUUAUGGUUUUCGAUUAAUUAAUCGUUAAAUAAGCUUUAAUUAA